AUGGAUUUCUUUAAGAAUUUUGACUCAGAUGACGACAUAGAAUUCAUCUCGACCUUCUUCAACGUUGUGCAACACAUUCACAAUGAAGAAAGUUCGAAUGUUGCUCGUUCAAGCGCGGUCGUCAAUCGUGAUCGCCAAGCCGCACACGACUUAUUAGUAUGUGAUUACUUUGCCGAUAAUUAUCUUUACAAUGAUGACUCGUUCGAACGUCAUUUCCGUAUAAAUAAUGCUAUAUUUUUACGUAUUAGUAACGCUUUAGAGGCCCGUUAUGGUUUUUUCAAACAAAAACCUGAUGCUAGAGGAAUAAUGAGUUUUAGUAGUAUACAAAAAUGUGAGGCUACGCUUAGGUAUUUAGGAUACGGUAUAACAUUUGAUGCAUCUGACGAGUACUUGAAAGUAUCCGAGAUGACCGCAAUUGAUUGUGUAGAUUGGUUUUGUGCAUGUGUGUAUGAUGUUUUUCACCAACAAUAUUUGCGGUCUAAUAACAGCAUUAACGUUCUUGGUAAGUCUCCCCUUUUCAACAAUAUUUGGACUGACGAAGCACCUGAUAUGUCGUUCACGGUGAACGGGUAUUCAUACAAAUAUGGUUACUACCUUGAUGAUGUGAUAUAUCCAAAUUAUUCUACACUUAUGAAUGCAUACUUGGUUUCUCGAAGUGAAAAGACAAAGUUAUUCACAAAAAGACAGGAACCAGCGAGAAAGAAUAUCGAUAGGACAUUUUGA